GGAUCACUGCGUCAAGCCAAUGUUGGUACUGAUAGGGUUGACAACACUGAUAAAGAGUAAUGCUAAAAUAGAUAAGUAAAAUAUAAAGUAUGGGUGAACGUUAUAAUAUACAUAGCCAGUUGGAACAUUUGCAAUCUAAAUAUAUUGGAACUGGACACGCAGAUACAACUAAAUUCGAGUGGCUUGUGAAUCAACAUCGGGAUUCCUGUAGUUCUUAUAUGGGACAUUACGAUUUAUUAAAUUUCUUUGCAAUCGCUGAAAACGAAACGAAAGCACGUGUGCGAUUUAAUCUUAUGGAGAAAAUGCUACAACCUUGUGGUCCUCCUCCAGAAAAACCAGAAGAUUAACCGAUUUUGAUAAUAAGAUUGUACUUAAGUUUUCAAUAAUACAUUCUUAAGUAAUAAUACAUAAAUAUUAGACAUUUAAGUGUCUUUUUUUUUUUUUUUUAAAUAAAUACU